GAAAGAAGUACCAGUUGGUGAAUUUAAAGUGCUCUUGUCAAGAAUUAAUGGGCAAAUUUAUGCUACUGGUACCAAUUGUACACAUUAUGGGGCACCUCUCAGAACUGGUGUGCUUGCAAGCGAUGGUUGUCUUACUUGGUAA